AUGGCAUCCAAGACCCUCGCAGUUAUCGCCGGCGUCGGCGCCGGCACUGUAAGUCGUGUUCAUUCCUUGUGUUACAUUCCGUCUCUAACAUCCUACCAGGGCGCUUCAGUCGCUAGGACUUUCGCCAAAGCCUAUCCGGUAGUACUUCUAGCUCGGUCGCCCUCGAGCUACGAACCAGUGGUCAAGGAGAUCAACUCCAGUGGCGGCCAUGCCGUGGGUAUCAGCACCGACCUUUCCGACAGCAACAGCGUCAAGGCCGCCUUUGAUCAGAUCGCGGAGAAGUUCCCCGGUGCCGGACUAGCUGCGGCGGUGUUUAAUUCCAGUGGUACUUUUGUACGAAAGCCGUUCCUGGAGGUGACGGAGGAAGAGUAUUCGACUGCGCUCGACUCGCAGGCGUAUGGCGCAUUCGCUUUUGCCCAGCGCACUUUGCCCCUCCUUCUCCAGGCUAAAGGCACAUCUCCCUACCCGCCCACCUUGAUCUUCACCGGCGCCACAGCGAGCGUCAGGGGCUCGGCCAAUUUCGCUGCAUUUGCGUCCGCCAAGUUUGCUUUGCGCGCUCUGGCCCAAUCUCUUGCUCGCGAAUUUGGCCCGCAGGGAAUCCAUGUAUCGCAUGCGAUCAUCGACGGUGUCAUCGAUAUCCCCCGCACCAAGGCCUACACGGUUGCGCAUGAGGAUGGAAAGCUGAGUCCUGAUGCGGUAUGA